AGUCUCUAAUAGCUGUCACAUCUAAUUAUGGCUCUUCCGGAGAAGAAUGAAGUUACAGCAAACCUAGAAACACAUCCCAUGGUCAAUGAAGAAGAGUUCAAUGACUCUAAACGAGAGGAAGAUGAGAAGCAGGAGGAGGAGAAUGCAGACGAUGCUGACAGUGAAGAUGAUGGUGAAGCUCUUGACCUUGAUAUAAAUGAAGAUGAGCCUGAGAAACCGAAGGGCAAGAACUGUAUCCCUGGUAUCGUGUAUUUGGGACACAUUCCUCCGAGGAUGAGACCAAAACACAUGCGGACUAUGCUGAGUGUGUACGGA